ACGGGAGAUACCAAAUUAAAUCACGUGACAAGGCUAUCUUCCCUGUGCUCUUGAUUUGGAAACUUUUCCCAUCGCGAUCACAGCAGCCCUUACCAAUUUUGCGACCGUUUUGUAGCUAUCUUGCAUUAAUCCAUUUUUACCACACUUUAAUAUUAUUUUCCACCCAUAGCUCAUUAUGGGUAAGAAGAAGCGUGGUCAUCCCGACCUCGAGGAACUCCUGAGCCGGCCCUGGUGCUAUUACUGUGAACGCGACUUCGACGACCUGAAGAUUCUAAUUUCCCACCAAAAAGCGAAACAUUUCAAAUGCGAUAGGUGCGGUAGAAGACUGAAUACAGCCGGAGGAUUAUCUGUUCACAUGAGCCAAGUCCAUAAAGAGACAUUAAGUGCCGUGGAUAAUGCCCUACCUAACCGGUCGAGCUUGGAUAUCGAGAUUUUUGGCAUGGAGGGCGUCCCAGAGGAUGUAUUGCAGGCUCACAAUCAGCGCGUCCUGACUCAAUAUCAACAGGCUGAAGCGGAACGACGUGCUGUGACUGGGAACCCCGCACCUGGGGUGCCAGGUGGUGGAAGUCAAUCGAAGAAACCCAAGUUCGAAAGUCCCGCAGAAUUGAAAAAGAGACUUGCCGAACAUAAGGCGAAACUUGCUGAACAAGCGGCGGGAAGCAGCAGCGGGGAUGUCACCCCUGUUGGCGCUGGACAGGGGAUACAGACAGGUGCGGCUGCAUAUGCUCCAACGACUCAGUAUCCUACAGGUCAACAGCCGUUGAAUGGCUCAAGUCAGCCGUAUCCUUAUCCGCAGCCCUAUGGACACACUGGCGCUUAUCAACCAGGUGCGGCGUCAUUCCAGAAGCAACCCGAUUAUGCUUCUCCCGUCUAUGCUCAAUAUCCACCUACCGUACAGCAGUUUCCCACAACUCAAUUUAGCCCUCCGCAAAUGUCACCACAACACUACCCGCCUGCUGCGUCGACUUUGCCCCAGCGCCCAUUGGGAACCAAUACGCCCCCUGUAGCAUUUCAACAACAGCAAGCACCCCGAACCCAAACCCCCCCCCAAACUAGUCCCUUCCCCUCUCGUACACCUAGUUUACCUACUGCUCCUAGCCUUCCCCAACGCCCAAGUUUUGGGGUGCCGCAGGUCAAUGCCUUCCAAAUGCAACAAUUGCAUCAUGGUCAACCUUCAUAUGGAGCAGAGCAAUCUCAAAGUAGUAGAAGUCCUUCGGGACCUCAUCCUACUGGAGAACAACCCUCAAGCUCAAUUGAUGACCUGAUUUCAGGAGCAGCGAAGCAAGUUGACGAAAUGGCCGGCAAGUCCUCCACUCCUACAGCGAAGCCUGAGGACGGGACUGGUGAGAAGCCAGCAAGGAAAGAGAAGGAAAAAUCGAAGGCUACGAGAAUGGUGUAUUCUGAUAACGAGAUAAGCCCGGAGGAGAAAAUGGCUCAAUUGCCUAGGUACGCAUAUGUUCCUGAACGCAAGGAGGAUACGGUCCUUGGGGACGCAACUACUGCUGCAGUCGUGGGAGUCAAUACCGCUUCCGACACAUUGGUAAAUCCGCCGCAAUAAGUACGAUGUCCGCUUUCCAUCCGAUUUCAUCCAUUCCAUCUCCUGGCCGUCCUUUUAUAUUUGCUUCGGAAGGUAGCCGUCACAACAGGCGGAUUAUAUAUACUGGAGGAAUGGUUGUAGCGUCCAGUUAAGUCCUUCGACACACCAAAAUUCUAGAAGACAUAUAUUCCUUAAAUGCAGUUUCAGCAUUGAUCCUCAGCAACUGUGAUGAGCAGGCAGGUGCGCUUUUUUCAGAAGCCGGAACCGGGGCCAAAUAUGGCUGUUAAUCUCUGACCUUUCAACCGAAGAAGAAAUACCGACUGUUCAUGGAGACCUGCAAAUGCAUAAUUCCACCGAUAAAAUGACAAGGAGGAUUUCGUCGGCACUGGUGAGUCCGAUUGCAAAUCUUAUAUAAUGAUGGUCUUGGCCGUUGGAGGAGGGUUGCUUUCGGAGCAAAUCUAUGCGCAGCUAGGUUCAUUCGAAUGUUCUUUCACUUUUUUUCGCUUUGUUUUCUCUUCUGCAAUUUUCGUUUUGAGGAGCUCCAGAGUGACCAACCGUUCAUUUGGCAGAAAGCCGGAGACAGGGUUGGCGAAAGGGAGUUUAAAUUUUAUGUUGAGUCAAUUAAAAGGGGAACUCGUCCCCUUGUCUCCAAGCCACGAUGAGAGUAUUUCGCUGCUGCGUAUUUCCAUAUACUGAAUGUAAGUUUACUUUUUUGCGAUUGCUCUUGUAGAAACGAACUUCCAAAGGUCUGAAGAAAACAAACAAAUAAAUGGGAGGAAACAAAUAAAGAAGAAAAAGACGAGGGAGAAAAGGCAAUGCAGCGCAGUGGUUAGUCCAGAUCAUUCUUUUUCUAUUGUCUGUGUUUUCCGAUCUCCCUUGAUAAUGGCCCAUGAGUGAUUUGUUUUGAGUGACUUGUUUUCUAUGAUAUAUUCACCACAUAUUUUCAAUUAACUAUUUUUGGAACUGGAUAUUUUCUAAAUGUCAAUGAUUGUCGUUGAGGGGGCUUUUGGUCAACAUAAUUUAACAAUCAGGGCUUUUUACUGGACUUCAGCUAUACUGUGUCCUGGACGGUUAUUGGAAAUCCAGCAUCCGGAAUUUAUGAAAAGAGUUACAUUACAGUUGAUCUAAAUUUCACCUAGGAAAAGGGAAGCUUCUCUUCUUAAUGUAUCCAUAUAACUAGGCGGCUUAUUGGUGGAUCCUGCGGGCGGGAGCAAUGUCCCCUUCUCAGCCCUGUUUUCCGUUGGCGCUAGCAAGCCAGACGACGGCUAACCAUAAAUCUAUUAGUGAUUGAUCACCCAAGUAGAUAUUGAUUGUAUAAAACAGUAA